AGGCUGACUGGCUGUCAUCUGUCAGAGAGAUGCUGUGAAGCUCUGGCCUCAGUUCUCAGCUCCAACUCCUCUAGUCUGAGAGAGCUGGACCUGGGUACCAAUGAUCUGCAGGAUUCAGGAGUGAAGCUGCUCUCUGCUGGACUGGGGAGUCCACACUGUACACUGGAAACUCUCAGCUUGUCUGGCUGCCUGGUCACACAGGAAGGCUGUGCUUCUCUGGCCUCAGCUCUGAGCUCCAACCCCUCCCACCUGAGAGAGCUGAACCUGAGCUACAAUCACCCAGGAGACUCUGGAGCUGCGCUGCUCUCUGCUGGACUGGAGGAUCCACGCUGGAGACUGGACACUCUCAGUGUGGAGCACGGUGGAGUGUGGAGGCUGAAACCAGCUCUAAAGAAGUAUGCCUGUGACCUCACACUGGACCCCAACACGGCCCACAGACGACUCUCUCUGUCUGAGGACAACAGGAAGGUGACGCAGGUUGGAGAGGACCAGUCGUAUCCGGAUCACCCAGACAGAUUUGACCCCUGGCCCCAGGUGUUGGGUAGAGAGGCUCUGACUGGCCGCUGUUACUGGGAGGUAGAGUGGGAAGGAGAGGUUGAUAUAGGAGUGACAUACAGAGGAAUCACAAGGAGAGGAUGGGGUGAUGACAGCAGGCUUGGAGGGAACAACAAGUCCUGGGUUCUUCAUUGUUAUGAUGAUGGUUACUCUGUCUGGUACAACGGUACACAUACAGCCCUCCCUCUCCCCCCCGCUGGCUCCACCAGAGUAGGAGUGUAUCUGGACCGGCCUGCUGGCUCUCUGUCCUUCUACAGAGUGUCCCCAGGUGGAGGAGGGUCCUCAGACACACUGACACACCUCCACACCUUCUGGGCCUCCUUCACCCAGGAGGACCUCCUCCCGGGGGUCUGGGUGGGGUGGUGGGGGGGGUCCUCAGGGGGGUCCUCAGUGACUCUGUGUCAGUUGUAGAAAAACAAAACGGGCA